CACGGCUAUCUUCGCUAGCCUCUCUCAAAUAUAAUCAUUGUCAAGGUAGUUUGGUUAUCAUUACUCUCCUCCGUUAGUAUGAUUCCUAUACUGCAAAUUUAACAAUCAAAUUUAUAAUUUAUUCUGUUAACAGUUUUAUUUGCCUUAUAGGUAAGUCCUGCAGCAGCUUUGUACACAUAACCGUAGUACUAUGCGUUGAGCCCAAUUACAUUUCUGUUGGAAAAAUUUCGCCAAAAAUCUGACUCAACUAAUCAAAAACAACUUAACUAAAUUGGACAACUCAGGAACUAGAACAAGUAUCCGACAGCCUUACACCUGUUCAAUAAAUGAAGUUCAGAUGGAGGUUAAAAAACGGAAUUCGUGGUUCUACGCUUGCUACUUUUAAAGAAGAUAAAAAACCGCACCCGACAAAUCACGGAUAUCUUGAACCCUGGCAGUACCAUUGGAAAGUCCACUUCCAGUGUGUAUAAAUUAACGUCUACGAACAUCAUGGUCUUUAAAAGAGUGGUUUUAUUAUCACUACUCUCUUCCGUAAUCUGUGUGCGUUAUAGGCUGGACUGACCCCGAAAUUAGGCUAGUGAAACAAGUAUGUCGUGAACCCCUAGUUAAAAAAGUACCGUUCACAUCGUUAAUAAGAGAAGGAAAAGGUGGUACUACGAUUGCUACUUUUAAAGACAGACGCUUCAUUAUAAACGACAGCACAAUGUUUGAUUGUGACGGCAAGAUUUCCAUAAGUGAUGGUUCCUGCUCUGGUACUCUUCGCAAAGCCGAGUUUAGCAACAAUGAGUUUUGUUAUGUUGUCAACAAAGGCACCCCUAUCAACGGCGAGUACUGCAUCUGCAAUGGUCGUCAUGUAUUUCGUUAUAUCGAUGGCAGCCCCAAAUGUGUUGGUAAAUGCCGGGUUAUGUACAUUGCGAAGAAUGAUUAUACUGAAAGGUGCGGAGGGAACGGAUAUCCUGUUACUUAUAAAUACUUUACGAAUCAUAUAGAAGACGAUAAGCGUGUACAUUGCUCUGAUUCUAAACCCUAUGUCUGUACAUACACAGAAAAUCAAGAUACCGAAGUUGUCUAUCCAGGAGAUCAAGUUACCGAAACUACUGACUCGCAACAUCAAACUACUGAAGUUGUUGAUUCAAAACACCAAGAUACCGAAGUUGUCGACUCAGAACAUCAAGCUACCGAAGCUGUCGACUCAGAACAUCAAACUACCGAAGUUGUCGUCUCCGAACAUCAAGAUACUCAAGUUGUCUAUUCAGAAGAUCACGUUACCGAAAUUGUCGUCUUGCAACAUCAAACUACAGAAGUUGUCGACUCAGAACAUCACGUUACCGAAAUUAUCGUCUUGCAACAUCAAACUACUGAAGUUGCUGAUUCAAAACAUCAAGUUACCGAAGCUGUCGACCUAGAACAUCAAACUACCAAAGUUGUCGACUCAGGACAUCACGUUGUCUACCCUGUAGGGUCAACUGUUCAUGUACUAUCGUUCUUAUUGUCACCGCUGGCGGUUCAUAUGCUUUUUUUUGAAAGCCACAUUUAUCUAAAUUUUGAUUACUUUUAAAAUAUGCUUUUAGUUAUUGUAAUGUACGUAAAUAACUGUAAUAAAUAUGACUGUGCUGACACCAAGUUUAAAAAAUUGCAA